CACGCACACACACAGCGUAGAGACACACGGCGCUGGAAGCAGAGCGCUGUAGGAGGGGAGAGCAUCGCAUCGUGGUGGCAUCGCCUGCAGGAAUCCGCUCAAGUCCACACCGGAGGAAAAAUGCGCUGAAAGGGGGAAGAAGCUCGGCGGAUAACCAAAGAUCAGCUCACAGCGCUGACACAUCUGAAGACCAGAAGAAGAAGGAAACAAAAAUAAAACCGCUCUGGACAAGUUGUGAUUUGAAAAAAGAGGAGAUGAACACCAACGAUGCCAAGGAGUACCUGGCACGGCGGGAGAUCCCUCAGCUGUUCGAGAGCCUGCUGACGGGUCUGAUGUACUACCGGCCCGAUGACCCCAUCGACUACCUGGAGGGCUGCCUGAAGAAAGCCAGGGAGCUGGGCGGGCCGGACAAGGUGCGGUGGGACACCUUCGUAGGCCAGGAGAAGAAGCCUCCCCCCCUGAACGGAGGCCAGUCCCGCCGGUCCCUCUUCAGGAACGUUUUGCCCGACAGCCCCAACUUCCCCUACAGACGCUACGACCGCCUGCCUCCCAUCAGCCAGUUCUCCAUCGAGAGCGACUCGGACCUGUCGGAGACGGCGGAGCUCAUCGAGGAGUACGAGGUGUUCGACCCGUCCAGGCCGAGACCCAAAGUCAUCCUCGUCAUCGGUGGCCCCGGCAGCGGCAAAGGAACGCAGAGCCUGAAGAUCGCCGAGCGCUACGGCUUCCAGUACGUGUCGGUGGGUGAGCUGCUGAGGAAGAAGAUGAUCCACAACGCCACCAGCAACAGGAAGUGGAGCCUGAUCGCCAAAAUCAUCACCAACGGAGAGCUGGCGCCACAGGAGACCACAAUAACUGAGAUAAAACAGAAGAUUAUGAAGAUCCCAGAUGCUAACGGUAUCGUCAUCGAUGGGUUCCCUCGUGACGUCGGACAGGCCCUGUCCUUUGAAGACCAGAUCUGCUCUCCUGACCUGGUGGUGUUCCUGGCCUGCACUAACCACCGUUUGAAGGAGAGGCUGCAGAAGCGAGCCGAGCAGCAGGGACGACCGGACGACAACCCCAAGGCCAUCGACCGCCGGCUCACCAACUUCAAACAGAACACCAUCCCUCUGGUCAAAUACUUCCAGGAGAGGGGGCUCAUUGUGACGCUGGACGCCGACCGAGACGAGGAGGAAGUCUUCUGUGACAUCAGCAUGACUCUGGACAACAAACUGUUUCCCUCCAAUGAGCCGGCAGCCGGUCCCAGUGAGUUGGAUCUCAGUCUGGUGGGUGAAACGAGCAGCCCGGCAGAUGUUGCCUGCAAGUACGACGAGGUUGAAGAAGAAGAAGAAGAAACCGGAGAUGCUGAAGGAACCACAGAAAGUUAUUGCACAGAACAGAAGAAGCCAAAGGUCAUCUUCAUGAUGGGUGGUCCGGGCUCAGGUAAGGCCGUCCAGUGUGAGCGGAUGGAGGAGAGGUUCGGCCUUCGUCGCGUCACUCUGGCCGAGCUGCUGUGCAACGAGCUGCAGUCUCACAGCGACAGAGGGCGCCACCUGCAGGACAUCCUGGAGAGAGGAGAGCGGCUGCCCGAGGACUUUCUGCUGGAGCUGCUGUGUGACGCCGUGGCGUCGUCUCUACGGCAGGGAAAAGGUCUGCUGGUCAGCGGCUUCCCCAGAGACCUGAGGCAGGCGGAGGAGUACGAAUCCAAGAUGGGUGAACCCGGCGCCGUGUUCCUGCUCAGCUGCUCUCCAGACUCCAUGUCCAGCCGCCUGCAGAGCCGCAGCAGAUCCACAGACGACGUCCUGCACCGGAGGGCCGAGAGCUUCAGCAGCGACAGCCAGGCGGUGGCAGCGCACUACCAGCGCAGGAGGCUGCUGCAGACGAUCGACGCCGAGCGGUCGCCUGAUGAAGUCUUCGCCCAGAUCUGCCAGUUCAUGGAGUCUCCAUCCCCCUUCUGAGACCUUCAACACCUUCCCCUCUCUCUGCCGUCCAGGAGCUCCAACCCUGAAGCCCGUUUCUUUCCUCCAUCUGCCCCUGAGGAGACUCAAACCUGCACCAGACUGUCUCUGUUGAGCUCCAGUGGUUUGCAUGUUUUCACCUGCGAUCAGUGAAAGUCUCUCUGCUUCCUGGUUGUUCUGCUUCUCCUUCCCCGCAUCUCCUCUUCCUCCUUCUUUCUGUCCCACGUCGACCUGCCUCUGCUGCCCGGCCGGGGCAGAUCGCUGAGGAAACCGCCUCCCUGCCGUCUGCGAGAGCUGAAUGUGGAGGUUUUUAUUAUUUUUCUCUUCAGCGUUGUGUUCAUGCUCUCACACAGCACCGAGCUUUCUGUCGUAACAAGCAUGCCAGAGUUACACUUCUAAGCUUACACUGCCUUUUGUGAGUUCAAUAAGAAGCAGAAAUGAAUUAAAGCGUAUUGAGAUGA